UCUGUUCCAAACACAGAGAAAAGGGCCUGGGAUUUGUUUAGUUGGAUUUUGUCAUCUAAGGUCUUCACGAUACAGAGUAUUAAGAAGCAGGAGUACGACAAGAUCCAAGAACUCACAGGAAUGUCUGGGGCUGCGGUUCCUGCUCCGGACUACCUCUUCGAGGUCGUGUAUUGCGAUCAAAUGAAUACCAAGUUUGCCGAGACCAAGGGAGAGAGGGACCUCAUCUAUGCCUUCCACGGGAGCCGCCUGGAGAACUUCCAUUCCAUCCUGCACAACGGCCUGCACUGCCAUUUGAACAGGACGUCCCUGUUUGGUGAAGGUACCUAUCUCACCAGUGACCUGAGCCUGGCUCUCCUUUACAGCCCUCACGCUCUCGGCUGGCAGCGAAGCGCGCUGGGCUCUGUCCUUAGCUGCGUAGCUGUUUGCGAGAUCAUUGACCACCCAGAUGUAAAGUGCCAGGUGAAGAAGAAAGAUUCAGAAGAAAUAGACAGAAAAAGAGCAAGAGUGAAAAACAGCGAAGGGGGCGACGUACCACAGAAAUACUUCGUUGUCACAAACAACCAGCUUGUACGAGUCAAAUACUUGCUAGUGUAUUCACAGAAGCAGCACAGGAGGCCUUCCAGAGAAUCUUCCUGGUUUUACACCCACCGUUUUGCCGUGAUGAUGCUGCUGUACCUACUGCUGCUAAUAGCCAUAGGGGCCAGCAACUCGCCCACCUUCGUCUACUACUGGCACAGAGCGUUUCACUCGCAGAGAUGAAUCGCCCGGGGUGAUAAACUCUUCUUUUCACCACGUGCCUUAAGAACAGCCGACCUGCAACGCACUGCGUCUGUUCCAGAGCUCUGGAAAUAAAGGUGCCUGGGGCUUUCCAGUU